AUGUCAAGGAGUCAGUUUGAUGAGAGAAUUUUGAGAGGGUUCAUAUUGUCUAGUGAUGCGUUAUUUGAAAUUCGGACAUUACUGAAUAGACGACAAAAGACGAAGUUUUCUGAAGGCCUUUCACCGGAGGCAAGGUUGGCUCUACAGCAAAUGACAGAGGAUACCCGAGUGAAAUUUAAUGAAGAUUCGGACGAUAAUUCCGCUGGGGAGGAAGGUGCACAAAACUCAGGAAGAAAAAAUGUCCAGAUAUCUAGAAUAUCUUCAAGGAGGUCUGGAAGAGACAAAUCGAGGAGACAAAUUUCCUUUACAGAUUCCCCGAGGGUGAUAAACAAAGAAGUGAAAUCUUUCAUCUCAAAGAAGGAAGUUAUUAACACAAAGGAAAUAAAUAUUACGCAAACAACGGGAGAAAAACACGUGGGUGACCACGAUUUACUGACGACAGAACCUAACCCAGUCGACAAAUGUCGGGAGUGGGUAGCAGAGAACGGUAUAGAAACGUCUGUCGGAAGGUAA